AUGGAAUACAGCAGAUAUACGAGGCCAGUGAGUCCUACAAAAGGCUCAUUGGACAAACUAAGGACAGGGUCUGAGAACAAUUCACCAGGAACUCCGAGUGGCCGAGCACGAGGAAAAUCCAUUGCGGACAGAUAUAUUGAUUCAUUAGCAGGUUCGAGUCCAUUAAAACCACGAUCUCCUGCUAGCGUGAAUGCUGAUUACCCAAUACUCUCUCCAUCUAUAGGGAACUCUGGCUCAGGUGGAUUCAGUUCCAGGUCACCAUCGCCAACUAGACAUCACCACCAUUUGUUUGAUUCAUCCAACGAUAUUUCACAACUCAAAUCAAGUAGUCAAACGCAUUUCCGGACACUGGCAGCAGAAACUUCUAUUGAUAUCAGUGAUGGUGAUAUUCACAUUCCUGGUAUUACCGAUAGUACAGAAGAUGUUGCUGGUCUGCAAGGAAGAAUUAGGUUACAGAGAUCAGAUACUACGACGUCACAUGUGGCUUCUAGGAACUGGAUGGACAAGCAAAGAAAAAACCUCCAGGCUUAUGAAUAUCUCUGUCAUAUAGGAGAAGCAAAAGAGUGA